CCCCCACCCACCAGACGCGCACAAAACCCCCGGUGAUUUCGCUUGAGAAUAGUUUCCUUCCUCUCUGUAAUUUCGUACAGGACAGCUCUCACCGCGUCGUUUCUCCUCUGGUUUUCUUGCCAGCCAAACGGUGUAAAAGGCGCAAUAGUGCCGGAACAUAAAUCAAGUCAAGUGCGACAGAAGAGCGAUACCACUCCACAUGGAGUUCAGACCCCGAAACUACACAACUGAAGAAGAAGUCUACUCGCUCCUUCGGGUACCAGCCGACACUCAUCCUCUCUCUACUCCUCCCUCUUCAUCGCAAAACCAGGUUGAUGUUGUGGAUCCCAAGAAGAAUGAUUUUCUUGAUCCACUUAGGUGGUCAGAUGCUAAUGUUGCUGAUUCUAUUGAGACUUUGCAAGACGAGGAGAAUAUUAGCACAGCUGUUGCUCAACUUCCAGAAAAGGAAUGGAGCUCUUUUAAGAAACUUUUAAUGCAGAAGUUUUCUGUCUCAAAAAUGGUUUCACUCUCUUCAGUCUCCGACGUACUCAUGAAAAGUGGCAAGGUACAUGAGAAAUCACAAUUGAGUACACACCUAGAGGAGCUGGAUGAUCCACAUAAAUUUGCGGAAGAGGGUGUCAAAGUAAUUAGUCAGCAGGAGCUUGUCUCACGGUUUCGUGCACUCAAAGAUGAAAUUAUUUGCGCUUGGAAUGCUGAUGAUCGUGUAACAUCUUUGAAGUUAUCAAUCAAGGUUGCCAGGCUUCUGAUGGACACAUCUGCAUUUCAGUUUUAUCCGACGCUAUUUGUUCUAGCUACUGAUGUAAUGGAUUUGCUUGGGAAUAUGGUAUGGGAACGGAUUAAGCGGAAAGCUGAAUUUUCUGAAGAUGGAACUCUAAUAUGCUCUUUGCCAGAGAACUUUGAAGCACGUGACAUCUGCUUUGAAGCAAAAGAAACCUGCAAUAACUGGUUCUGCAAAAUUGGAUCGAUCCGUGAGCUUCUUCCACGCAUUUAUUUAGAGUUGGCAAUAUUGCCUUGCUGGCGAUUCCUGCUUGACCGUCCUGUGGACAACCUCCAGCGCUUAGUUAAGAUGAUGAGAGGGAUUGCAGAUCCUUUGGCUUCUUCCUAUUGCCGGCUAUACAUGGCCUACCGUGCACAGAAAUUACCUGUGUGUGAUAUAGGUUAUCUGAUUGCUUGCAUUUAUGACGUGAAAAUCAUAUUGACACGAAUUAUAUCUGCAAAAGAAAUCACACAUGGGGAUUUUUCAGAAAAUAGAAAGGCACUUGUCAGUUUGAUUGAACCAACCAUUGAGUACGUUAUGAAAUGCAUUUUUAAGAAUUCAUAUCAGAUGGAAAUUGAAGAUGUACUAAAAGAGCUUGGAUUGGGGAGGAAUCAGACAGAGUUGUAUGGGAAAUUCCCAUGUACCUCAGUUUUUCUUCAUCAUCUGCUCAAGGAACUGCCCACUGGAUUAGUCAAUUCUAAUGCCAUGGUGAUUCUUCAACUCAUUGAAUGCAGCAAUGAUUAUUCAUUUGAGCAGUGUUUAAAUUACAGGUUGCUAGGAUUUAGGCUGUCUGAACAGAGAUCUCAAAUGGACAUAGUCCAUGCAGUAGUUAAUAAAGUUAUUCAGGUCGCUUCUCAAUACAAUAGCCUUGAUGAGUUCUUGAAGGUUGUGGAUGCUUAUAUGGAUAAUAUUCUUCAAAAUCAGAUGGAUAAUUAUCUGGACAUAGUAUUGGAUGGUAUUUUGAAGCGAGCGAACAACGAAGAAAUUGCUGAAAAUGUACUACUAAACUUGCAAUCAUUUUUUAUAAAGCUUCUUACUCACUUCAACAACUUAAAAGACAUAUUUGCACUGAAACAUUUCUUUGAGAUCUUAGAUGUGAUGCAUGGAAGCUCGAGGAGCAUUGUGAAUGUGGCCAUCCUCAAUAUGGCAUCAAGGAGUGGUUGCAUCUGUGAUCCAACGAUGAUAAAGUUGCUUUUUGAAGUCUCUCAGGCUCUACAUGAUAGUAUAAAAUUGUCAAACAUGAGAGAUGAUGAUUAUCAACAACUAGCACGCCUAAUUUCUCGGUUUGUAAAUAUGGUUGAUUAUGGACCACAUGUGGAACACCAUUUAACAUUUUUAGUUGAAUGCCGUGGAGCUUUCGGUAGCAUAAAUGAACUUAAGGAAACUCUUGUUCAUGCCAGCAACUGUUUGGUGAUUAAAGCCAUUAAAGGUGGAAAAGAACAUCUGAGUUUUGUCAAAUCUUGCAUAGCAUUUAGUGAAGUUACAAUCCCUUCUGUUCCAGCUCAUAUUAGGCAGAUGAAUCUUUAUCUUGAAACUGCAGAGAUUGCCUUAUUGAGUGGCUUAGUAUCUCAUUCAGAUGGACUUAUAGAAUCAGCAAUCAGUUGCUUUCAAGAUCUGGUUUUGACAGAUGGCUCGCGACUACUGAAUGAUGUUGAUGGGAUUCUCUCUUUUAUACAAAAGUUAUGCAGCUUCUUGGUGUUGGUUCCAGGAAAUCUGGAACAAGAAGUCACCUACAUCCCAAAGAGCAUAUUGUCCCUGAUUAACUCUCAAUUAUGGAUAACACGAAGAAUGCAGACAAGGGUGUUAUGUUCAAUUCUCUCUUUGUUGGCUUCUUUAUCGCAAAAUAAGCUUCCAUACCGUGCAAACCAUGAAGAGAUUCUGGGCAAUGACACUUUAUUUUUUGGUGAUCCAACCUAUUCGGAAGAGCUUUUAUCCUUUUCUACUUGUGUUGUUCAGACCCUAGUCAGUUGUAUAUUACAAGAGCCUUCCCAGGCUAUUCGUGGAAGCAUGGCGCUUGAAGCUUGCAAUUGUGUUGCAUCAUCUUUCAGACUAAAUCAUGAAGUAUUACUAAUCUGCUCAAAGUUGAUGGAAACUGCCAAGUUAUCUCUGAAAAGUAAUGACAAAUAUUUGCAAGCCACCAUGAACUUUGUAGACGAAUUGUUGCCGCCUGCAUCUCCAGAGGACAAAGGAUCAUCAGUAGACAACAGACAUAUAAAGGGCUUGUGACGUGUUAAACUAGAGUUGGUAGAUUGGCGCAUAUCAAUUGCAUUCUCUAAUAAUUGGUAUUCUUCAUUCAUGCUUGGUUCACUUUUUCGAUAAAAGUUUUAUGUUUUCUGAAGGAAAUUAAACCAAGCAAGUUGUACUAUUCUUUCAAAGAUUCACCUUUGAUGUAUAAAUCAUUGAAAAAUAAAUAAAUUUCUUUAGUUCAUUGAAUAUUAAGAAACAUGGUGUAAUUAUUAUAAUUUUUUAAAAUAAAAGAGGAAGAAA